AUGCUAGCCCGCCCGUCCCUCGUCCUCGCGACGCUCCUCGCGACGCUCCUUGCGACCGCCGCCGCGAUAGGCGUCGCCGUCUCCGCCGAACGCGCUGCCAGCGGCGUCGCGACCGACAUCGACGUUGGUUUCGACGCGCAGAAGCACCCCUUCGUCUACGACCUGCCCACAACCUCCUCCUCCGGCCCUCCGAACGAAAAGGACGGCAUCCCAGCCGCGGCGUUCUACGACGGCACGAGACCCGAGAUGAACGAUGGCGCCGCCGUCGCCGCAAGGCCGAGGACCACGACGCAGUCAUCGGCGGGGAGCAGGAGGGCGCGGCCGCCCGGCCCCGAGGCCGCGAGGUAUCGGGGUCUCCUGCUGACGACGAUCCUCGUGUGUCUCGUCGCGUUCGGCAUCGGGACGAUCCUCGGCUGGAUCUGGCCCGACGGGCUGAGGUCGGAGUGGUAG